GCGCAGCUGUGGGAGUCGCUAUGUCAGAUUUUGUUCCACAGUCAACAAAACCUCCGCCCACCUCACAAAAAAACCGUUUCUCUCGACUCUCUUCGUUUAUGGCAAAGUAGAUAUGCAGGCAGAUGCGGGUAAAUCUAUGCAGUGACAAAGCAGUACCCCAUCGCACUUGGGGGAACAAAUGCCAGUGGUACUAUGGACAUGAAUACAGAACGGGACUGUUUUCCGAUCAACCUUCUCUUCCUCAACGAAGAUCCAGCUGUGGGUGAAAUCCGUCUCUCUAAACAAAACCAGAAAUAUGACCUCACUUUACAGGUGAGCGGAGAGGUUGGGGAAAUCGAAUUGACCGUUAAAGACAGUGAUGGGGUGUGCGUGUCAAAGUUUUCUGUCAGUAGGGAGACGGAAUGCUGCAAGGUUGGCACCCAGUCAUUUCUCGUCACCCCGGGCUACUUCAGCAUUCUACUGCACUUCAGCACACAGAUUGAUUUCCAAGCAUUCCAGAAACUGCUGAAAAGGGGAAUCGGCCAUGAGACAAUUUCUGCUUUUGACCGGCGGACCGAUGAUUCCUCUGCCCUUCAAUAUUUCCAGUUUUAUGGCUGUUUGUCACAGCAGCAGAACAUGCUACAGGAUUACCUGAGGACUGGCACAUACCAAAAGGCCAUUCUGGUGAAUGAGGUGGACUUCAAGGGCAAGACAGUUUUAGAUGUAGGUUGUGGAUCGGGGAUCCUGUCCUUCUUCGCGGUUCAGGCAGGAGCAAAGAAGGUGUACGCUGUAGAGGCCAGUUCUGCGGCCAAAUAUGCUCAGAUACUUGUUAAAAGCAACAACCUCUCAGACAAAAUCACAGUCGUGGCUGGUAAGAUUGAGGAAGUGUCUUUCCCGGAGGAUGUGGACGUCAUAAUUUCUGAGCCCAUCGGAUACAUGCUGCUGAACGAGCGAAUGCUCGAGAGCUACCUCCAUUCACGGAAGUGGCUGAAGCCCAACGGAAAGAUGUUUCCCACCUUCAGUGAUAUCCACUUGGCUCCAUUCACAGAUGAGCUGUUGUACAUGGAACACUAUGCCCGCUCCAGCUUCUGGCAUCAGACCUCUUUCUAUGGGAUCAACCUGAGUGGCCUCCACAGCGCUUCUUCAGAUGAGUUCUUCAAACAGCCCAUCGUGGACACUUUUGAUAUGCAGAUUCUCAUGGCAAAAUCUGUCAAAUACAGCAUCAAUUUCCUUGAGGCUAAAGAGGAGGAUCUGCACAGGAUCGAGAUUCCCUUUGUCUUCCAGCUUCUCCAGUCCGGGUUGAUCCAUGGAUUGGCAAUCUGGUUCGAUGUGGCAUUUGUGGGUUCCAGGGUGACGAUGUGGCUGUCGACCUCACCGAGCGAACCCCUGACCCACUGGUAUCAGGUCCGCUGCCUGCUUCAGACCCCCCUCUUCGGCAAAACAGGUCAAACGCUGUCCGGGACGGUCCUGCUCAUGGCCAAUAGGAGGCAGAGCUACGACAUUCACAUCACGGCUGUAGUGGACCAGUCUGGAUUCAAGUCUGGCAACAGUUUGGACCUAAAAAAUCCUUUCUUCAGAUAUGCCUAGGCCUUGCUCCCGUGCCUUCGCAGGAGAACCCUGGGACAGGUUGUCUCAGACCAGGAGCCAGAGAACCUGCAGUUCAGCCAAGUCAAGUGGACCUUGGUGUGACACCUUGGUCAUGUGACCUUGUUUCCAUGGGAAUCAGGGCUGCCACAUCCUUAGUGUGUCCAUAUCAUGCUGGCCCGUGCCAAGUAAACCACUCACCACCAAACACGAACUCCACUAUAUGUUUCAUAAGUAAUUUGGCUUUUUAUAAUCAUGCCAAUUAACCUGAAUGUUUGAACCAUAUCUAAUUACAUUUUAAUUAAGAUAGCCGAUUUAUUGAACACAACUUCUGCUUUUUCCUAGAAUGAAACAUUUAUCAUUUUUUAAAAGCAUUUUUAAAGGAUAUUUUAUGUGCCUACCUCACAUAAAAUAUUACUGCAUAUAUAACUA